AUGAUCGUAGUCCGUAGGUUGUUCCAUAAGAAUAGCUGUAGGGCUGAGGGGCCUGCUAAUGAAAAGAGCAAGAGCUACGAUUACCCCGCUCAGCCGUACAACUUUGCGUACGACGUAAAGGAUGAGCCAUCCUACAACAACUUCGGUCAUCAGGAAACAGCUGAUGGCAAAGUUACGUCCGGAUCCUACAAAGUUGUUCUGCCCGAUGGUCGUACGCAAGUGUUCACCUACAAGGAUGAAGGCUACGGUUUGGUCGCCUCAGUAAAGACUGAAGGUGCUAUCAAAUCUUACGAUUACAAGCCAGCCUACAACGCUCCAGCGUAUCCAUCCCCGGCCGCAUAUCCCGCUAAAUAUUAAAAAUUUUGUAUUUAUAAAUGAUUACCUUGGCUUAAUACAACGCUGAACUACCUUGGCAUAUGUAUGCCAAUAUAUUGCAAA